AUGCUUAUGUUCUUGAUCAAGGUACAAAUUUGCUUCAAGGAAAGAAAAUGGAUUUGGGACCCUGGGUUAUAUCCAAGGCUUUCAUUGAUUCUGUGGAAAGUUUUGAAUGAUGCCCUUCCUAUUGCAGCGAGAGUUUCUGCCUUUACAAAGUUUGGAUGCUACUUCUGUGAGUGUGAGUUAGAAGAUAGCCUCCAUUUGUUUAAGGAGUGUGCCUUUGCUAAAGCAAUCUGGUUUGCUGUCCUGUUCCUUGUGGCAGUGGUUUUGAUGCACUAUAAUAGCAUGCUUGAUUUUGUGGAAGCUCUCCUUUCUUCUCUUUCGGGGGAUUUAAGAAAGGAGGUUAUUAUCUACAUUGGGUGUGUUAUCCAGGCAAUAUGGAAGUGGAGGAAUAUGGUUCGGAUAAAGGGGUGCAAUGUUGAUGUCAAGUCUGUUAUCACUGAGGCUGCUACUGCAUUCUUGGAGUUCUCAGAUUGCAGGGUAGAAGAUCUAAGUCAAGCCAUUCCCGAGGAUUCAGAUGAUCAGGCAGUGCAAAGCGAGUCUGCUAACCAUAUUAUGUUCACAGAUGCUUCUUGGAAGGAGGGUUGUUUCAAGCUAGAUGUUGGUGCUGCUUCGUGCCCUUUGGAGGCAGAGACUCAAGCCCUCCUCUUAGCUCUAGAAUUUUCAGUUCAGAAUUCUUGGACUAGAAUUCAUUUUCUGUCAGAUUAUAGGGUCCUAGUGAAGGCUUUGGAGCAGCAUUCUCCUCCUCCUGAUUGGAGAUUUUUAAAUGUUUCAUUAUCUGUUUUAGAUUUGAUGAAUGUAAUUUCGGAUUUUAGGUUCUGUUUUGUUCACAGAGAUUCUAACUCUGUUGCGGACGGCUUGGCCAAAAGAGCUAGAUUGUCUAGCCAGGAGUCAGGUGUUUUUCAAGGGGAGGAAAUCCCCCCUGUGAUUCCCAGCUACUUCUCUUUGGUUUAA